GGUAGAUAUUAGAUGAGCUAGAUCGUUGGCGUCGCGUAUUCGCAUUUGAACACAAAUAGGCUUCUAAGCUAUGCUGGUUAGGACGAAGGAUGAAGUGAUCUAGGACGAUUGGAGUUUUUGUGACUACAACCAUAUGUCAGCUGAUCGGCUCACACUUAAUUCAGUUGCGGUAUUUGCGAUAAUUUCGUUUCGAAUUAGAGUUUCGAGUUGAAAAAGCGUUUCCUCACUCAUUCCGAGUCUUGAUUUAUUUAUACGUUGAUAACCAAGUGUGAUUUCCGGAUUCUCGAAUACUAUUGCUUAAUUUUGCUCAAGUUAUAAAGGAAGCUUUAGAUCUUCUUCGAAAUAUUAUGGAGGAGAAUAAAGAUUUUAAAAAUAUUUGGAAAGUUUAUCGUUCAUCUGAGACAGAACGAGUUAGAUCAAAUACUUUACCUGGAUUGUUGCCAUCCAAUAACCAGUCGUUCAAAUACAACACGAGCGACAAUUCGCAUGCUUUAAUCAGACCAUACAGUUGCGAACUAUAUGGGAGUAACAGAGAAUUAAGCAUAAGGUUCCAAGAUAGGAUGUUAAAAGUUAACAGUGACCGUAUGAGUACAUGGGUUUUUCCACACUACAAUCAUGGUAUUGAAAAUCUGAACUGGAGCAUGCAAUGUAACCAAGGAUCAUUUAUAAGAAACACUACACCAAUGAAAGAUCAGUUGGAACAUAUGGAAGUUGAAUCAGCGAAUCAAUCAACAGAGGAAUAUACUGUAUAUCAACCAGAAGAGGCUGGUACAAUUAAAUCUGUUAUUUUUUCAAAGAAGACUAGUUUGCGCCCAAAAUUGAAAAUAAAAUCUGAGAAACAAAAACCUGAGAAGAGACAGGGCUCAAAUCCUGUGAACGAAGACAAUAUAACACCUACAAAGAAAUCGAAGGAUGUAUUAGACAAUCUCCAUCCAAUUACUCUGUCUGAUUCUUCUGCCAUUUUUACUACUGAUAGCUGCAACAAACGCGAUCCUCAAGCUAAACAUCCGCUGAAAAAGAACUUUUUCUUCUGUAAACGUUCUAUGUUUUUACUAUUAUUAUCUACGAUACUUGUAGCUUUUAUCUCGGUGUACUUGUAUGAAAAUCAGGAGACUCGCAAGCAUAGCAAUGAUUUUGCGAAUGCCGUUAUUGAAUUAAAGGAGCGAAUUCAUGGUCACAAUUUGCAGAAACUCUGUGAAUAUCUUCAGAGUGAUGUACCCUCUUUCAAAGUGAUAGUUCUCUUCGGUGACACAGGCGUCGGUAAAUCAUACACGGUAGAUAUCAUAAGAAGGAAUUUCCCACGAAAGUAUGCUAUUCGUCAAUAUUUCCCGCCAUUGGAAGCCGUGAAUGACAUCAACCUUCCUCUCUUAUAUCCGAAUCUAAUUAUUCUGGAAAAUUUGAAAAAACGCGAUUUAACGGCCUUUGUAAACUUUCUAGAGGCCCGUCGAGACACGUAUAAGAAUCGCUUCGUGACCAUACUGGCCAUUUUCAACUUCGAAGAUUUAAUUGAACUCGAGAUACGAAUAAGAAAUCGGCUCCAUGAUGCAGCCGUAAUAAAAAACGCUUUUCUCAACAAAAAUAUUGAAGUUGAAAUUUUUUUCUAUGAUUCUUUGAAUGAGAAUGCUUUAGAGAGUUGCAUUAUAGAUGCGAUCAAAGAGAGCAAGUUGACGCUCAAUGAAAAACAAUUUGAUCUUGUUAAAGAGAAUCUGUUGAUACAUCAGGCCGGUUGUAAAAGGGCCUACAGGUAUGUUCAGAUGAUCGGUAGGCAACAUGAAUGAAUGUAAAAAUUGAUCGAUAGAAUUCCUUACAAGACGAAAAGACUGAUGAAAUCAUUAUUUUACGACUGACAUAACAAAUAUCCGACUGUG